AUGUUCGUAUCGCAUGGCGUCUUGAUCGCAGUGAUUAAUUCGGUUGUCAACGCUUUCUGCGACCCCCUGCGCAAGUAUUUAGCCAAAUUCAUGGACCCAUUUAUGGUCGUAGCAAUGCGCGGACUGAUCCAGGCGCCACUGUUCGUUCUAUGGGCUCUCAUUGAAUCUGGAGGUCGAGUCCCGCAUCUCAACCACCUCUUCUGGACGUCCGUUGGUAUCAGUGGCGGCAUCAACCUGAUCACGAGCUACUUGUACAUCCGAGCGAUCCAGAUCUCGACCCUCUCGGCGACCGUCCCCUUUCUGUCCUUCACGCCCGCGUUUCUAGUGAUCGUUGCUUGCUUCGUGCUUGGAGAAGUUCCUACUCUAUUCGGUGUGCUGGGCAUUGGGGUUGCCACAUUGGGAGGCCUCUGGCUGCAAAGCACCAAGGACGAACAUCCGAGCAAGGACUUGCUACUGAAUUCGUCGAGCAAAGGGUCCAUGUACAUGAUGAUUGUGGCUUUUUUGUGGAGUAUCUCAAACGCGUUCGACAAGAUUGGCGUACAGAACGCGACACCACUAGUGUACGGCGCCGCUAUUCAGGUGAUAGUGGCUGGAGGCAGCUGUAUCUUGCAGAAAAUAGGCGUCGGAGAACGAGAUGUUCUUCCGAUUGGGCAAGAACGGAAGAUCCCGUGGAAAGUGGUUGUUCUCACAGGCAUCAUGAGCGUUGUCGCGUACUACAUCAACUUGGUGGCGGCGCAGCUCCUUGAAGUUUCGUACGUGAUUGCAAUCAAGCGAUCCGGCUGCAUCUGGAGCGUCUUAAUGGGACGAGUUGUGUUCCGUGAGCGGAACCUGAGGAAGAAAUUUCCCAGCAUCCUGCUCAUGGUUCUUGGUGUCGUUUGUAUCGUCGUGGGUAAAAGCUAA